CCCCCCCCCGCGCCCGGCGACAUUCUCUCCCUGCGGUGCUCCAAGACUUUAUCGUUACUCGUGGAGGAUUUAUGGAAUGAUGGUGCGGAAAAAGCAGAGAGCUCUCGCUGUGCUCAGUAGAGACUCCUCGGGAGGUAGCCGGAGCAGCGGGUGCGGCGCGGGCGACGGUGGCGGGGUCCCCACAGGCAUGCGCAGUCCCCCAAGGCGCGAUGGCUAGUGGCGGCUCCGGCAAAUCGGCCAGCGAGGUGUCCACCCCCAGUGGCAACGCGUUGCAGCGGAAGAAGCUGGUGGCCAUCUGUGACCACUGCAAGGUCAAGAUGCAGCUGGUAGCCGAUCUGCUCCUCCUCUCCAGCGAGAGCCGGCCGGUCCACACCGAGAGCCUCUCCGCCUUCGGGGAGUCCUUCGAGAAGUGCCGAGACACCCUCAUCGCCCGGACCAAAGGCUUGUCCAUCCUGACCCAUGACAUCCAGAGCCAGCUGAACAUGGGCCGCUUCGCCGAAGUCGGGGAGAUCCUGGCGGAGCUGGGCGAGCUGGUGGUCUCCUUGACUGAGUGCUCGGCCCACGCCGCCUACCUGGCGGCCGUGGAGAUCCCGGGGGCUCAGCCGGCUUUGCCCGGGUUGGUGGAUCGUUACAAGGUGACCCGGUGUAAACACGAGGUGGAACAUGGCUGUGGGGUCCUGAAGACCACCCCGCUGGCCGACAUGAGCCCUCAGCUCCUGCUGGAGGUUUCCCAAAACAUGUCCAAGAAUCUCAAGUUCUUGACGGACGCCUGCAUCCUGGCCAGCGAGAGGUCUAAGGAUAAGUUUGCCAAGGAACAGUUCAAGCUCAGCGUCAAGUGCAUGAGCACCAGCGCCUCGGCCCUCCUGGCCUGCGUCAAAGAGGUCAAGAGCUCACCGAGCGAACUGGCGCGCAACCGGUGCGUCUUGUUCAGCGGGCCGCUAGUGCAGUCCGUCUACGCCCUGGUGGGCUUUGCCACCGAGCCUCAGUUUUUGGGCAAAGCUGCCGCCAUCAACCCGGAGGGCAAAGCGGUGCAGACGGCCAUUUUGGGGGGCGCCAUGAGCGUGGUGUCGGCCUGCGUGCUCCUCACCCAGUGCCUCAGGGAUAUCGCCCAGCACUCCGAAAGUAGCCCCAAGGUGGCUGAAUCCAGGGAAAGGUUGAGGAACUCGGCGUGCGCUGUCUCAGAUGGCUGCAACCUGUUAUCUCAGGCACUCAGAGAACGGUCUUCACCCCGGACUUUACCGCCAGCGAAUUCAAAUUCUGUGAAUUAAUAUUCUCUCUUUCUCUCUCCCCCCCUCACUCUACCCAACCUUGAGGCAUGGCCACUGCUAACAAAAAAAACCAGACUUAACUUCCUUCUCCCUCUUCCUGUGUUUUUGUGUAUACCAAAGAAUUUGUGGAAGUGAGCCCGAUUCUUUGAUCCUGAGAAUUAUGAUAGAUCUCAUUUCUGAUGCAACACGAGGCAGCAAAGCGACACCUUUCCACCUAUGUAGAAAUCGCCCACUUUGGAUGGAUGGCAUGUUUUGAGGAGAGAGUAGAGGGGAGAGCAGAUCAGAGUAGCCAUGUAUUUCAGUCAAAGUCUGGUCACCUGUGGUGAUCCAGAACCACCAUACAGGUGAGUAAGCAGGCUAGCAGAAGAGGACCAGAGAGCUCUCUCCUUCCUCAAUCCCCAGCCUUCAACCCCAACGUAACCCCAACACCGGUCUUGGUUCUCGUAUAAUCCCGUCCCUCCAGUCCCAAUUCUUUAUAGGCUUGUACUUUUUUUUUAAAGCCUAGUAACUGGGGGGGGGGCUGAUUUCCAAGUACAGCACAGCUGAUAUAUUUGCAUAUCUUCAUUCGAUAAACUCCGUAAACAAGGGAAGGGUUCCAAGAACAGUUUCAAGGCUGACAAUAAACGAGGGAGAUAGUUUAAAACAAAUAAAUAAACAGAAGAAGCCUUCAUGGUGUUGGGUGUGGUUUUCGCAGGGGGUGGGGGAGGGAAAUACUUUUCCUUCCCCCCCCCCUUUUUCUUUCUCUUUCGUCUUCCGGGAUUCCCCCAUCCAAAUUUCACUGUUCAGUUCUGCAGGAAGAAAUACGUUACCUCAGCUUUCGUAAGUCUGCAAGAAGCGAACCUUUGAACGACGGAUGUAGCUCUGUUUCGUUUUGUUUGUUCUGUAUGAUUACUUUUGAAUCAAGGUCUUUGGUUAGAGGUGAAUUUUGCAGUGUUGAGUGGCGGGUGGAUGGCAACUCCAAACUGGGGCAAAAGCUACUGUGAGUGUGUUUAUAACAGGGUUGGGGAGGGUGACACUAUAUUAAGAAAUUGAUUCUUUUUUUUAAUUAUUAUUUUUUUCAGUGACAGUUUUUUUUAAAAAAAAUCUUGCAUGUACUGGAGUAUUUAUUUCAUCUAUUAAAAUGUUGUUUCUCAGA